GUCUCUGAAUCAUAUAUGAAUACAGGCAGAUAGAUGAUGUAUGGAUUUGAUGCUUCGUCUAUGUUGUCAAAUGAUGUGAGGGUACAUUUUUGGUGACAUAUAGGAAUACGCUACGUUGAAGUCGUAGAUGCGUGUCAACUCCAUGCGAUGUAUGCCUCUUAGGGAAGAAAGGUAUACAUGCAAUCAUAAGGAAGCUAUCUUAUAACCAAAACCCUCCCUACUUCACUUUGUCUUUAGCUUCAGCAAUUUACUUAGUUCACUAUUAUCUCACAGGAUAUGUGCAUGUCAAAGUAGAGGUACCUAUCUAACUUCGUUACCAUACCUCCAUUAAACUUCCACCUACACUUCCGCACUAUGCUUCUCGCAGAUGAACCCUCUCCAACGACUCCCUCGGUAGUCAUUCUUCCUCCAGCAGACCCGGUACCGCUCACGACUGGUCAGGUUAUCCCGGGCGAUUAUGCGAGCGGCUCAGACACCGUCAGCAAAACCGCCACCACAUUCGCAACUGGAUGGAUCAUUGGGAUCGUGUUGAUGGUUCUGGUAGUCAUUCUGGCUAUAAUUGUAGCUCUUACAAUAUAUAGGCGACGCAGUAGGAGACAUGGAGACAGACUGGUUCAAUCUAGUGCAGAGCUGUCAAAUCGAGACGCUCCACCAAGAUAUGAGACACUGCACACAUGAGCAUUACGCUAGGAGGUGCUGGUCAAGAUGAUGUCUUGGCUAGAGUGUGAAGCGGGUUUGGACGUGCGGGCUGUAAACCCGCCUAAGGCACUUUCAUUCAAGAUAGAAUCGUAGAAGAUAGGAUAACGUAACAUGUACUCCUAGAUCAUGGAUCCAUGCGCAUAACAACAUUGCUCAUGAAGUCAAG